UUAGACAGGAUGGCUUCUCAAGGCUCUCAGAAGCUGGAGGAGAAACUGGUGUGCUGCAUUUGUUUAGAUAUGUUUGCCACGCCUGUGACUGCACCCUGUGGGCACAGUUUUUGUGAAAAGUGCAUCAGCAGCCACUGGGACAAAGAGGAAGAGGGACCUGCAAGCCAGAACGGCUACACCUGCCCCGAAUGCAGGAAAAGUUUCACAGAGAGGCCACAGCUCAGCAAGACGGUUCAACUCGACAGUCUUGUAGAAGUUUUUAAGCUGGGAGAAUUGCGAGCAUCUGAAGCAGAGAAGGUAGCAGCGAUUCGUGAAAGAAGGUGCCAAAGGCACGGGCGGCCCUUGGAGCUCUACUGCAAGACAGAGAAGCGAGGUAUUUGCUGUGUAUGCACCGUGAAGGAGUGCCAGAACCACCAGAAGGUUCUGUUUGAAGAGGAGCGGAAAAUAAAACAAGAGAAUUUAAACGAAACACUGGAGAAAACGGAGAAGAUGGAAAAAGAAAUCAAAGAAGAAAUUCAGAAGCUGGAAAAGCAGACUGUUGGCAUUAAGGACUCCUCAGAGAAAUUGCAAUCAGGGAUUUUGCAAAAGUUUGCCCAUCUCAGUGAAGCCCUGAAGGAAUGCCAAAGGAAAGCAGUGGAGGGGAUUGAAAAGGAGCAGGCAGCUGUGCUCAGCCAAGUUCAAGAGAACUGGGAUCACCUCCAGCACCAACAAGCCGCUGUUAACGAACAUAACAAGAAGGCCCGGGAGCUGCUUGCAUGUACUGAUGACAUGAAAUUUCUGGAGGAACUUCUGCUUCUCCCUAGUCCUGGCAGCUUGGAAGUUCCUCCAGCUCUUGAAUUUGACUUGGCCAGCAACGUGGAUUCAAUCACUAAAUUCGUCAAUGAGAUCUCCAGUUUUUUUCAGGAAGCUUUGUCAAAUUCCUUGAAUCCAGAAGCAGCUGACACACAGCCCUCACCGGUGCAAAAGACAAUCAUGGCGAAAGUUGCACAGUCUCUUCCAGAAAGCGAAUUAAGAACGCGUCUUUUAAGAGAUCACCGGAAUUUGACCUUUGACCCAGCCACAGCUAAUAAAUAUCUUCAGUUGUCCAACCAGAAUCGGAAGGCCAAACACACUCAAGGCUUUCACAGUACAUUGCCAAAGGACCCACAGAAAUUUGAACCAUGGCAGAUCCUGUGUGCUCAGGACUUCAACCAGGGCACUAACUACUGGGAAGUCAAGCUAUCGGGCCAAUCUAUCAUUGUCGGUGUUGCUUACAAGAGAAUGCCAAGGAAGAAAAGGGCUGGUUCCACAUUCACUAUUGGGCUAGAUAAUCUCUCUUGGGGCCUGCAUGUCCAAGAAGAUUGCUAUGUGGCCUAUCACAAUAAUAAUUUUAAGAAGAUAAAAGAGCCCUCGUGCAAAUUCAUUGGAGUGAAGUUGGACUAUGACCAAGGAAUCCUAUCCUUCUAUGGCAUAGAGGACCAGAUGAAACAUCUCUAUUCUUUCCACGGUAUCUUUACAGAAUCCCUUUGCCCGAUUUUUUGGCUUUGUGAAGGCACAGCAAUUACCCUUUGCCAAAAGAGCCAAGGCCAAGCUGUAGCUGAUGGUAUGCUUCCUGACCCACAGGCAGUUGCUGGUGCCGUGGAGCAACUAUGAAUGGGUAGAUGGCACUAGAACACUGAGGGCAAGCCUCUUGCAUUGUCAACAUUCCUAUAAGAGUAGAGCUAAGUUUGUGGAGGGCGUGUGUGACAAACAGAUGGCAAUGUAAGCCCCUACCUUUCUUUUAUCUUCCCAACUAGCUGGCAUACAAGAGACUUAAUAAUUAGUUAUGCAGUGCAGUUUGGAGCUUAUACAUUUGCUCCUCAGUGCAGAAUCUGGUUUUCUGUGAAUCUCAGCUUGCAUUAAGAAAUUACAAGGGUUCCAAAAAAAAAAAAUCCUCAAAGAGCAGUUUUGAUCACACCCAGCUAACCACUUUGUAGUGGAAUUUCUAUGGCUUCAAGUUGUAGAAAGUAAUUGGCACAGCCUUGGUUGGGAACAGGCUUCGUUCAGAACAAAUUAAUGUUCAGGGUGGAUUCAAGUUCUCAGACCUAUUUUAGAACAAAAUCUACAUUCUGUGCUGUAGGCACUGAUUAUACAUAGCUGUCCUAUACCAUAACUUGUACUGUCACCCUUUUUGGAUUGCAAAUUCCAACGGGGACUUUCUUCUUUCCUGCAUGCAAGUUAGCAGGGAGGAGUGCUGUUUUCACUAUUCUCUGGAGGCAUCUAAGAUUGGCAUUGAAAGCUCACAGGAUUCCACCUCCCCUAUCAAAGAAUGUGAAGUGUCUUAAAGCCUAAAAGAAGAAAGAACCUUUCUUUAUCUGGGCAAGAGAGGAGCUUGCCAAGUUAGUUCCUGUUCUUUUUUCUGUUGACAAUGUAGUCAACAGGGCUCGUCCCACAAACAGAAUUGGCUUACUCCUCUAGUUGGGGGCUUAUCCCUAGGGUCACCACAAGGUCAAAGCUCACUAGACAGGCCUAUGAAUUGAAAAGAAUAAUUGUCACUGCCCAAUUUAAGGCUAUAAUUCUAGGAAAUACUAACAAAUGUAUUUGUUGCCCAGAGAAUCAAGGUAUUUUGCUGGAGUUUUCUAGGAUUUGAAUAAUUAUACAACUGGACAUUUGUUUGAAAUAUCACAUUUAAGCAUAACUCAAUUAUCUUACUUUGAAAAUGGGUCACGUGGGUAAUACAGGAGAUGGCCCCAUCAAUUUAGUUAUGAAGUUUACAACAGGAAAUAAAAAGGAAAGAUCAGCUGGAAAACAAAUGCUAUAUAACAAUUUUACUUUUUUCAAUAAAUUGUCUUUUAAUGGAAAGAUGGAGCUGAAGUCAUCUUGCUUAGGAAAGCUGCUAGAUUCAGAGUAUAAGAAAGGCUCCUUUUUAUUCAAAUUUGGAAGUAUUUGUAGAGAUUCCAUUCUUUUCAACUGAGAUACUUUAUCCAUUACCAUUUUGUAUUAUGAAUCUGAGAUAGGAUGUUUUUUCUUCUACUUUUGAACAACUAGUGCUUUAACUGUGGUUUAUAAGUUCUAAUUGGAGGUAUUUAUUUAUCACUUCUAAAUCCCAUCAACUUUGUUCUUGCUUGGAAUGGAAUAACAUGUAUUUUUGAACAUGGUAUUUUGUUAAAUUCCAAAAUUAUUGAACUUUGAUACAUGCCCCCCACAUGUGAUAAGGUACCUCUUCCUGUAUUUACUCCAACAUAAAACAGAAGACUAUAUAGAUGUGUUGUAAUCUAUCCAAAUAUCAUUGUGUGAAAAGUUUGAAUGAUCAUUUUUAUAUAAAUUAAUCAAAAGGUGAAUCAACAUAUUUCCCAUUUAUGUACAUAUAUAAGAUCUGUAUUCCAACAAUAUGAACUCCAGAAUUCUAUAAAGAUGGGAAAUGAGCCGAAGUGUGAAGCACAAUCUA